AUGUGUGCGAUUUUAAAGGACCAAUGGUUCCUACGAAACUCAGUACCGGAAAUCAUCAUCUCCGAUAACGGCAGCAGUUUCACUUCAAAAGACUUUAAAGGCUUGCUAGAGCACUUUAAAAUCACCCACUGGCUUAACACACGGUAUCACUCUCAGGCCAAUCCUGUAGAGCGAGUAAACCGUACAAUCAAUGCCGCUAUUCGCACGUACGUCAAAGAAGACCAGCGUCUUUGGGACACACGAGUCCCAGAAAUCGAAAUGGUCCUCAAUACCAGUGUGCACUCCUCGACUGGGUUUACGCCAUACUUCAUAACUCACGGGCACGAGUUCUCCGAAGCCGGAGUCGAUCACCAGCUCGAACGCAGUGACGCAAAGCUCACUCCUGAACAGCUGCAAGAUCGGCGCAAAUUAAUGUUCGACCGUAUUUUCGACACUGUCCGUAAAAAUCUGGAAAAGGCACACGUUUCUUCACAGCACCGAUAUAAUCUGCGUAAUCGCCGCUUCGCAAAAUCUUUCUCCGAAGGGCAAUUGAUUUAUCGCAGAAACAUGAAGCCCUCCAGUGCAGCAAAUCACUACAAUGCAAAAUACGGUCCGCAGUAUAUACCUUGCAAAGUGAAGGCUAAGAUAGGCUCUUCUUCAUAUGAGCUAUUAGAUUUGCACGGUAAAAACAUCGGCAUCUGGCCAGCGCAACAUUUGAAACCCGGUUAA